AGCCCGCGAUCGUGGCGAGCGUACGCGACGUAUCUCGUGUGCGUGUCCUGUAUAUAAUUUUUCUCUCUCGCACGCGCGAGAAGGCCCGCGAUCUUUGUGAGCGCACUGUCGCACGCGACGGCCGCGCGCGAACCGACGAGCACGAACGGAACGGACCACGACGACUUUCCUUCGACGACGGUUCCUUCAACGACAACGUCGUCGUCGUCGUCGUUGUCGCCGCCGCCGCCGCCGCAGGUUGCGCCGCUAUUUUCACGGGCAAAAUCACAACACGCGUCGCGCCGCUCCGUCUUCGCCUUCGUCUACGUUUUCUUCAGCGUCCCCCUCCUCGAGGUCACGGAGCGGCCGCUCGGGAGCAACGGAGUUCCCGAUCCAGGAUUUAUAAAGGAGGAUGAACGAGGUCUAGUCCCGUCGUCGAUGACGAUCCAAUGGGAGAGUCUACAGUUAUCAGUGAAAACGCGUGACUCGUGAUUCGUGGAAGAUACUCACCCGUCGCAAAAAGCGGGAUUCACGGAGAUCCGCGGUGGCGCAGAAAAGGAACGAGAAGAAACUCGCGCUCGCGCGACGGUCCUUCGGAGGUCCUUCGGAGAACGAACCUCCAGCCGAGAGAGAGUGAUAUGAGUGUUGAACGCAGGUUCUUUCGUGACGUUAAACGGCGAUCGAGUCGCGAGCGGUUCUAUAGACAUACCAUCGAGUGAUUGGCGAGAAAGAACCGGACGUCUUGAGGAGGAGUACCGGGUGAAUCUCGAGAGAGAGAGAGAGAGAGAGAGAGAGAGAGAGGGGAGGGAGAAAGAGGAGGGGGGGAAGGAAGCAAAGUGAUCGCGCGAAGGACGACCAGAAGAAAAGAAGGAGAGGGCGGAGGUAAAGGAGGACGAGAGUUACGGAGCCACAGUGUGUUCUUUUUGGUAGCGUGGAGGGAAGCGAAGCUACGAAGCGCGUGCGGCGCAGAAGAGAGACAGGAAAAGUGAGACGAGCUGGAGGACGACCGGGUGGAAGUAGCCUGUAGGUGAGAAGGAAGGUGAAAAAGAAGAUGCGGUGCCAUCCGAUCGUUCUCCUCGCCGGCCUGCUCACCGUCGCCAGUGCACAAGGGGUCCCGCGAACAUUUUCGGCUAGGCCUUACCGAGGAGGACCGCCGUUGCCCACGAGAGCGGUCCUCGAUGGGACGGCCGAGUUGCCGUGCGAUAUUCGUCCACCGCGACAUAACGAUUCUGCUAUCUUGGUCGUUUGGUACAAGAGUGACAUCACGCCAAUCUACAGUUACGACAUGCGCGGGAAACACUCGGAAAAGGCGUCGCACUGGAUGGACAAGGAGUACCUGAACGACCGGGCGUUCUUCCGAACGGCCACGGAGCCGGCAACUUUGAACAUUAACCAUGUGCAGGAGAAGGACGAGGGCGAGUACAGGUGCCGAGUGGACUUUACUAAGAGUCCCACCAGAAACUCCAGAAUCCACCUGACAGUGAUAGUACCGCCACACAAGCCGAACAUCAUCGACGAACACGGGAAGGCCGUCCCGGCGGUCGCCGGCCCUUACGAAGAAGGCGGUGACAUGAGACUGCAGUGCCUCGUCUCCGGGGGUCGACCCGAACCGAAAGUGAGAUGGUGGCGUGGCGAGACGCUCUUGGACUCCAAGGACGAGCCGGGCGAGUUUCCGUCGCUACGUAGGAACACCCUGGUCGUCCAUGAACUGUCGAGAGCGGAUCUGCACGCGGUGUUUGACUGUCAAGCGUCCAACAAUAAUAUCAGUCAACCCGUUUCGACGUCGGUGGCGAUUGAAAUGCACCUGAGACCGCUGAGCGUGAAGAUACUCAGCAGCGAGCAUGCACCUCUCAGUGCGAAUCGCAAGUACGACAUCAACUGCAUGACGGUCGGCUCGAGGCCGCCGGCCAAGCUGUCCUGGUACUUGGACGACCACCAGCUCACUAAUCACACCGAGAAGGUGUCGCCGGACGGCAACAUGACGAGCUCCACCUUGACGAUUCAGCCGACUCUGGAGCAUCACGACAAAGUUAUCAUGUGCAGGGCCGAGAAUCCCAAGGUCCAGCACGGCGUGGCGAAAGACACGUGGACGCUCAACGUAUUUUUCGUGCCGAUCUUGACCCUGCAACUCGGCACCAACAUGAACCCGGACGACAUCGAGGAGGGCGACGACGUGUACUUCGAGUGUAAGGUUCAGGCGAACCCGGACGCUUACAAGGUCGUGUGGAAGCACAACGGGAACGUGAUUCAGAAUAACGCGAAAAACGGCGUGAUCGUCCAGCAGUACGGGCUGGCGCUGCGAGAAGUGAAUCGGUCGCAGGCCGGAAAUUACACCUGCGUCGCCAGCAACGUCGAGGGCGACGGCUACAGCAACAUCGUGGAGCUCAAGAUCAUGUACAAACCGAUCUGCGUGCCGGAGCAGAAGCGGAUCUACGGGGUGGCGAGGCACGAGGACGCUCGCGUGAUAUGCCGGGUCGAGGCGUAUCCACCGCCCGAGAGCUUCCGCUGGGCCUUCAACAAUACCGAGGAGAUGGUCGACGUGCCGCAAGCGCGCUACAAGAACUCGACCAGACACACUCAGAGCGUCCUCACAUACCGACCGGUCACGGAAAUGGACUACGGCACCGUGCUCUGCUGGGCAAGCAACACGGCCGGCCAGCAGAAGAAUGCCUGCAUAUUUCACAUCAUUCCUGCGGGCAAACCGGAAGCUCCGUACAACUGCACGCUGACCAACCAGACCACCGAAUCGCUCUCGGUGGAAUGCACCGCUGGUUUUGACGGUGGUCAACCCCAACACUUCCUUCUUGAAGUAUACGAUCAGCACACGGGAGUCCUACAGGCCAACGUCACGUCCAGAGAGAACGCGGCUUUCACCGUGCAGGACCUCGAACCCGGCAAGGUUCUGAAUAUGAUACUCUACGCGGUGAACGCUAAGGGUAGGAGCGACCCCACGCUGUUGGAAGGUUUCACGCUCAAAGUCGCCGAGAAGCAGACCGUGCGCGUUUUGUUCACAGGUACCCCGGUACCUUUCGAGUUCACCCCGCUACUCGGAGGUUUGAUCGGCGUGGUGACCGCUCUGCUGCUCGUCACAGUCACCAUUCUGGCCGCACUGAAAAUGCGGAGCGAGAGGCGAGCUCAAAGGCCCGGAGAUUUACCUCUGAAGAAGGCCACCGCGCCGAGUUCCGAGGACCUUUACGACGCGGACGACAGGAAUCCGGAUGUCGUGCCAACCAACAAAGAUUCAGAUUACCAGCUGACCGGGUCAACGUCCGGCACGCCGUUAGCGACGCAAAACACACCGGACGGUCUUCCGCCGUCGUCCCUUCCGGUCCAGCAGACGAACAAUCACCUACAAGGACUUCCCGCCUAUUCGCAUAACGACUACAACAAUUACCCGACCUUGCCGCUGUCCGGCGAGGUGACAUACGCGGAACUGUGCCUGGCGAGGCCCACCACCCUGUCGACUCUGGCGACCGACGCCAAACUGGCGAGCCUCGGUGGAGUCGGCGGUCUGGGUGGUCUUCAGGGUUACGGCAGCGGCCUGGGGGUGAUCGUAGGCGGCAAGCCGUAUGCGAAAGAGGCGACGGUGUACGCGUGCAUCGACCACAACGCAAGGCCGACCAAGGUGGAUGUCUCUAACGCGCCGUCAUGCGCGGCGACUCCCCUGUCGACGGCGAACGUGCUCCAGGACUCGACCGUGUCCACCAUGAGCGGCGGCAAGCAGCACCAUCCGGCGAGAGAGGUCGUCACCGUCCGCACGCCCCUCAUCUCGACCCAGGAAAGUUGCGUAUAGGGACGCGACUCCGACGCGCUCAACGUCAACGAGUACUAUGUCUGAUAUGGCCGCCUCGUGGCGAUCGUGCGCGUCCCAAAAGCAACGACGGAUUCCCAGGACUCGUUACCGGAGCCGUUGUGGCUCCAAAUAACGUCCUCGGCUUCUAGAAGAAGGAUACGUCUGACCGGAUGAACGUCGCGAGUUUCAUUCCCGGAUACGCGUGAGUGUCAAGCUUCGCGGAGUUCGCGCUGCGGAGAAAGAGAGACCCGCGGACUUUCGUCGAGGAUGAAACUACUACUGUCACUGCUGCUGCUACUGCUGCCGCUACUACUACUACUAGUACUAAUACCGUUUAAGGACGACAGUGUCCGAGACUCGUGUCGAGAGUCGCGAACGAACUUCCUGCGAAUUGUGAAUCGGACGGUGGGCGCGAAUUACGACGCGGAGGACGCGAUCGGACUGCCUGCCGCGCUUCGUUCAAGGAUCCCGAAGAUAUACGCAAUAAAACGACAGCUGAGACACGUCUCUGAGACAGGCCGCUCGCGAAGAAACGGCGUCUUCUGUCCUCUUCUGCGAUCUUGCCGAAUUGCAAUACCGAAAUGCAAUACCGAAAUGCGAUGGCUUAUGAAAAUUCAAGACUGACCGAAUCGCAUCAUUUUCAAGAAUACAUAUCGAGAGAUAACGAUUCCAAUGCCGACCAACACGCCACACAUAGCAAACGCAUAGCCCGCUCAAUUCGGCGUUCCAUUGUGUCUCGAAUUUACGGCGAAUACGGCCGACAAGAUGCAUUUUGUCAUACGGAGAUGAAAACCAGGUAAGAGACAAGACGCGAAAGUAGAGCGAGAGAAAGAAACACACUCGACAAGAACGAACCAAUCGACCUUAAGCGAAAGUUUUCCGGGGAAAAUGGGCUGUUUGUGAAUUUCGGGAAAAAUUCAUAAAAUUCUUUUUAUAUUCUAUUAAAAAUGCCUCGAUCAAACUUACACACACACACACACACACACACACACACACCCACACACAGUACACAUAUCGUAACGCUCAAAAUCGAUCGAGAGCGUCGCAGAACUGCGAAACGAAUUCGCCCGAGCACGAGAAGACCCCCGUGGCCGCGUAAUCGUCCUGAUUCGAGAAAGGAAGAGAGAAUGCGGACGAGAGAGAGAGAGAGAGAGAGAGAGAGAGAAUAUCGGCUGAGACUCAGCGGAUAUAUAUAGUCGCGAAGGAUCCACGUCGAUUGACGGAACGGCCGAUGAGGCGGAAGGAAACACGUCUAAAAACGUAGGUUUCCGCAUUCCGCGGAUGUUCGUAGCGCGCGCGCGGAGCGGCGAGAUCGAUGUACCUACUACGCGACUACGGUCGCGACGGUGAAUGUAGAUUUUCUAUCCCGGGAGUAUACUUUGUAUUACAAAGUAGGUACCGGAGAUAAAGGGAGAUCGUCGCGCGUUGAGUGUAUUUUCGUAGAAUAGCGCGUCUUUAUCGGCGGUAUGCGCACUCGGGAGUGUCGUAUCAUGUCGAUUACGUCGCAUCAAGUGCAACGAUCAAUUCCGAGAGAGGAGAGCGAGAGGCGGAUCCGCGCGCACGGAGGAGAUCGACUUGUUCCGCGAAAAUCCUCAAAAUAUCUCCGCCCGCCCCCGGGGCAGUUGCGCCACGACACGCGAGACUGCAACGUAUAAAACACCGGCGACGCGCCGCGAAAAUCCCGACGAGCAGAUUUCUACGACGCGUCAUUCUCAUCGGACGCGUCCGCUUUGUCCUUUUGUCCUUCAGGGUCGCGUCGCGAUUUCUUCUUUCGCUCCUCGUUUCCGAGCCUAUCUAUUUUCAAUUUAAAUUUUCGCCUUGAGGGCCUUUGCCGGGCGCGUGAUUAAUUACCAAGAAAAUAACGAAAUAAUUAAUCGAUCGCGACGGCGAAUGAAAUAAUUAAUCGAUCGGCCCGGUCUUUCCGCACGGGCACGCACGUGUAAUUAUAGGGCGGCGCUGGCGCGACACGUGCAAAUUCCUCUGUGAGUAUAAGUUAAAACUUGGAGCGUGUCGCGUCGAUGUAAGCUGAUUAAUUAAACUUGAGCGUAUCGACAUUCAGGCCGACUUAUUUAAGAGAGGAAGUGUUACCACAGCGCGCGGGAACUUACGAGGCGAGGGCAAAUUUGCCGACUAUAAAAUAAGCAGAGACUAUCGAUCUUCUCCCGCGCGGUCCGACCGAAGUCGUUCUUUACUCUUCCAUCGUUUUACAUCUCUCUAGUCUAUUUAUACGGCUUUUCCUAUCUGACGCGCGCGCUAACGCGCCGGAAGCGUUGCCCCGUCGGCGUGUUUCACGCACGCGUGCGGAACCGAACGAAACGCACGCGCGCUGCGCUGCGCUGCGCUGCGAAGCGACGCGACGCAACGCGCGCCAAACUUUCCUUCAAGAUGAAUACCUGACGAUGUCCCGCGGUUACGCAUGUGAGGACCUUGUAAAUAGUGACUACUCGUCGUGCGCGAGGACACCGAAUAAAUUUAGAUUAAUUAUCGAAAUUACCGUGUGCGUUAAUCGAGAGAGAGAGAGAGAGAGAGAGAGGUGGGACGAGUAUGCUCUGCGCUUCGAAGAUAUGUAUAUUAAUUAAACAAACGUACCUUGUACACUGCGCAUCGUUCACUAGCGGCGAGCAACCACGCGUUAUCUCCGUAAUUAACUUUGCAUUGAGUUCGAUCGGAGGAUAGUUUGCGACGGGAUCGUCAUUCGUACCGUGGAACAAAGACAAUAACGUUGCAGCGUCGUUAAAUGAAAAACGGCCCGCGCGAACGAUCCGAGUUACAUCGCACGGUGUUCCUCGAAACUUAAUUCAAGCUUAAGCACUUUCUUUUUUUUUUCCUCUCUCUAUCGGAAUAUCGGUAAUAAGCAGUUUGAGUAACUCUCUGUUUUUUUCUUUUUUCUUUUUAUUACUAUUAUCGGUUAUUGAUUUUCGCAUUGUAAACAAGGCAAGUUCCUACUCGCAAUCACGCGUAUCAUUAAAUUAUUAGAGAGGAAACGUCGCCGUCGAGACGGCUUGGAUCGAAAAUACGCUCGGAGAGAUGAUUUAUUCCAAUAAUAGCGAUAAUAAUUUUACGAAUGCGGAUCUCGCACGUGGGACCCCAUCGUAGCUUCAAUUCGCGGGCGACACUAAACGCGAUAUAAUUCAUCGUUUAGCGGCCGAUUUAUCUUCGCUUCCCACCGAUCCCUUUACGAAACAGACUGACGUGACGUGCGUUAUUUUACGACGAAAUCCUCCGGACAAACCUGUGUCCCGGGACUGCCAAAACGCGCACAACUCCCUCACGACUGCCAUGUCGCAUUCAUUUUCAUUAAGUUCGUCGAGAAAUAACGAAGAGCGAUCGGAGAAGUAGUACCUUUCGUGCGUCGCCGUACGUUGUGCACCGUACAAAUGUACACGCGCGUACAUCUUACAUAUAUAUAUAUAUAUAUAUGUAUAUAUAUAUAUAUAUAUAUAUCUCGGUCACCAUAGCGUUUACGCGCAGCGGAGACAGUGUAAAUAUCCUGUAUAUAAGGACAUCGAGAAAAGAGAGAGACUUUAUUUGCGAGGGAUGCCCGAGGUUAAACCCCUUACGUCUUCUUCGAAGGACGACGGAACAGGCACGAAGGAUCGUUAUCGACGGAUCCGUUAACGGCAUUACGAGGUACGUUCUACCAGGGAAAUGUAUUGAGCGAUACCGUACCGGCGGUACACGCGAAAGGAGGAGGAUAAUGAUCCUAGCGCGCGAAUUCUCCUCCCUUUAAGUAGAGCCACUUGGAAAUUUCGAGAUUAUUACGUCGCACGAGUCGUAUCUUUUAAUGUCUUCUUUAAUCGCGACGAUUAUUACCUCUUUAUUUUCGGUGCUUUGUACAGUUCCUUCUUUCCCGUCUCAAUUCUCAUUGAUAUUGAAUGUUAUUGACGUGCAACAUAAUCCGUUAUCGACCACCGUCGUCGUCGUCGUCGUCGUCGUCAUCGUCAUCAUCAUCGGUCGACGAACGCGAAGAAAGUCGUGUGACGUGACGAGCGUUCCUUCGUGUACGCCCCCUUCGUAAUUUGUAAGAUAUAUGCUCCGAUGUACAGCGCCGAUAUUUUUUCAGAGUGCGUAAUACAAUACCUCCGCGUAUAUCGUAAAGUCUCGGGUCGCCCAAUUAGACGGGCCCGUUAAAAGGGCGGAACUGUAUAAUUAAACGAUCGGAUUGCGAUUAAUGGUCAGACAAAGAAAUAAAGAUAUGUAUAUGUACGUGUACGUAUGUGUAUAUGCACGUGUGUGCCUGCGCCUGUAUGUGUGUGUGUGUGAGCGCAAAGAUGCGAAUCUAUCUUUCACCGUAUGCGUAUGCGCAUGUGUAUAUGUGUGUGUGUGUGUGUGUGUGUACAUUUUGCGCGACUGCGGUAGCUCCGCUACCGAAAAACCUCAAAGAUUCAAAGUAAUAAAAAGGAUAAAAUAAAAAUAUAUGUGUGUAUGUACGAAUGUGUGUGCGCUUUUCUUGCUGUCUCAUGAUUUCUCUCGUAAAUUAUUUCAUUGCGGGGGAAACUAUUUACAUCCCGUAAUGUUGAUCUCAGGCGAUUGGCAGUAUCGGACGUCGAGUUCGUAAUUUCGUUUCUCGCGCGAAAGCGUCUUCGAUGGAUAGCUGGAUAGACAAACGAACGAAUAGACAGAACCGACGAAUCGGGAUACAAUUUAUAUUCGAAUUAUUUUCGUACACUAAAGUCGCGCUUUCCUUCGCGCUUUGUAGUCAGAGGUAUGUCGCACGGUUAUCUUUUCGGUAAGAGGAUUCUUCAGAAAUUCACGGAAGGGUUGAAACGAGACGCUCUUCUCUUUCUCUUACGCGGAAGCGUCCGCCGGCGCUCGAACGAGAUCGAAGUGGACGAAGAAAAGAAAAUUAUUCCUCGAAUGCUCCGCGAUUGAAUCCACGUAAGAUCGAUUUUCCCCCCAUUUCACAAAAGAGUACUUCGGCUAUAUAUUCCACCGCGGCCCGAACUGUUCUUUCCCUUCAUAUUGUGCCGCUUUCUUUCUCUCUCCCUCCCUCCCUCCCUACCUCCCU